CAACGUUUUUCCAUUGAUUUCGCCGCUUGUUCCCGCCUAUCUUGUUGCCCGUGGUCACGGCAACUUGUCGUCUUCGUUUGCUGUCAUUCUUUGAUUUUUAACAGUCAUUUGAAGCUCAAGAUGGGCGGCGAGCUGCAUUACCUAGAAGCGCGUCAACAACAGGGAGGCCAAUCUCAAUCACUAUCUCAAACUCAGUCUGGCUCUGUGUCAGGCUCACAGUCGCAGACUGCGUCGGGCACUACUUCCUCGUUUCUAUCCAUCCCCCAAUCAGCCCCUGCUGGGCUUCUUACCGUCACUCAGCCCCCCCAGCAGUCGACCUCUUAUUUCAAGGUUGCUCAGAACCAGUUCAUUACGUUCGGAUGGAAUUUCAGCUACAUCAUAGCCACCCCCACUCACCUGACCGUUUCCGCUGUCUGUGAGAACGGAAACACGUACCCCGUUGGCCCAACCGAUGGCGUUAUUCCCGGAACUGCCACCAGUGUUGUUUGGGAUGCGUACACCUACCAAACCUCCCAUCCUAAUCUGCCGCUCGCUCAGGCACAAUACACCCUCAAAAUUUGGGGAGACGGAGGGCCUGACGCUGUACGCGAACCAGGCGUGCUCACGCCCAACAGUGCGCUGCAAUUCGCGCUGUAUACGCCGCAGGCUUACACUCCCAUCAACAGCGGCUGGUCUUGUGCAGGUUGUUCUAGCGCCGUAUCGCAGCAUAUUGCGCACCCCACAUUCAUUGCCCUCAUUGCCACCUUAAUGGUGAUGUUCAUCUCUGGCUCAGCUCUCUUGCGACGAAUAUAGGACACGUUGCGAAUGCACGUUCAGCAGCUUGUUGCAUUCCAAUUUUCAUGAUUAGGAAACACUGUCAGUUACAUCAUCAGCCUCGCGUUCAUGAACAGACGAUACGGACCUUUGAUUACAAAUACUUCUGGCAUUCAUUUCUUGAUGGACACUUUUGUUAUCUCUAACUCAUAAGAGUAUAUCAGUUCAUAAUGCACCCUGGGUUCGUUUUGUGGAUUGGGCAGACUGAUUUCCACGACGUCAUUGCGUUGGCUAUUUAUUCAAACUAACCUCAAUUGAUCGCCGAUCCCAGCCAUAUUUUCUCUUCUGCAGUGGCCUGGUAAAAAUAACAUCACGCAGUAGCCGC